UUCCAUUUGAACGUUCGUUUUUGGAACGUUCUCCGGAACACCUUUUUCCAGAUAAAGACGACAUCUCCCAUUCGGCACCACCCCGCUGCUUCCUAUGUCUUCGUUACGCACUGCCUUUUCUUCCUCCAAUACCUCUGCUGCCUACCGCAUCCUCACGGCCAGACGAACACUUCACACCUCCAGUUUAUCCAGCUCGACCUUGUCCGCCUUCUCGACCUUUACUCGAAAAACAAAACCCUCCUUAUCAUUAGGCAACUCACUCGUCACCUCUUCCAGAUCUGCGCACCGAAUCACUCCAUCCUCAAACUUGUCUUUGCAUCAGUUUUCCACCACAGCUCAUUCCACCAUGCGCGUCAUUCCAGUUCCAGCUCUUGAAGAUAAUUACUCGUACAUCAUCCUCGACGAGAAGACAUCCGAGGCAGCUGUGGUCGAUCCAGUUCAGCCUCAGAAGCUGAUGCACAUCCUCCAACAUCUGGGCGCCAAGCUGACCUCGGUCCUCUGCACACAUCACCACUGGGAUCACGCUGGUGGCAACGUCGAGUUGAUCGCCAAGAAGCCUGGAUUGGCAGUCUUCGGUGCCGAUGCCAGGAUUCCUGAAAUCAAUUAUGUUGUGAAGGACAAGGAAGAAUUUAAGGUCGGAUCGUUGACUGUCCAGGCACUCUGGACGCAUUGCCACACCAAGGGCAGUGUUAGCUACUAUGUCAAGGAUGGAGCUGAUCGUGCCGUCUUUACCGGAGAUACUCUCUUCUUGAGUGGAUGCGGACGCUUCUUCGAGGGUACGGCGGCGGACAUGUACAACAGCUUACUCCAUAUCCUGGCGACGCUGCCCGUGGAGACCAAGGUUUACUGUGGCCAUGAGUACACAAAGGCGAAUCUCAAGUUUGCACAGCACGUUGAGCCGGAAAACCCUCAUGUGGCCCAGAAACUCCAAUGGUGCAUGGACGAGAGCGUCACUGUCACCGUACCCGGCACCAUUGGUGAGGAGCUGCUCUGCAACCCAUUCCUUCGCGUCAAGUAAGUCUUCUUGAUCUUCUUGACGUAUAAUGUAGCAUU